GUAUUAUAUGGUCGGCCUCACCCGACUAUAAUUUCUUACUUGUUUUUAUUUAUAAAUUUCUAUCAAAUAAAGAAAAAACCCUAACCACAAAUUUCUAUAACAUUUUAAUUACACAAUUAGUCAUAAUUAAAAGUGGUCCAACACAAAAGUAAUUUCUAGAUUUAAGGCCGAUUAAAAACUAAAUUUACUUGCGUAACAUAUGUAUUUAUAUGAGGAAUUCUAGUUUAAAAAUACUAUGUUUGGUGCUUACAAUAAAUCCGAAUUUAAAUAUUUCCUAAACAAAUUUUAAAUGUUCAAAAAGAGGUGAUUCAUAACUUUUCUAAUUAAUUUAUAAUUAUAUAGAUGUCGGUAGCGUUUUUAAUUUUUUUAGGAUUAAAUUUGUCCCAUGUGAAAUUAUCUUUUUUCGCCUAGCCCUCAGACAACCUCACCACCUGAAGCAUUUUUCGCUGCUAUAACGUUAACUUAUAUACAUAUAUAUAUGAUCUUGCAUUUCAAUACUCAAAGCAUGGUUCCAAACCAUAUAAAAAGAUAAUAAUUGAUUUUUAACAAUUUGUAUAAAAAAGCCGGAAAAAAUUUAAUUUGGAAAUUAUUACGCGUUUUAGAAAUGUUAUUAAUAAAUGAAAAGUUUGAUACCGGUAUUAAAUAGUUUUGAUAUAAAUUUUGAGACUGUAAAAGAAUGGACAAAAAUAAAACAAAAUUUCCAUACAAAAUAUAUUUUAUAAACCGUUUAUAAAAUAAAAAUUUUGUGUGCGAAUAAGAGGGUAUAAAGGUAUCCAGAUUUAGAUAGUUGAGUUUAAGCUUUUACGUUUAUAAAAGAAUUCAUCAAUUUUUAUGUUUUUAUAUAUUUGGUUAGGACAUAUCUUCGAUACAAAAAUAAAAAUAAAGUUUUGAGAUAAGCACGUUUACCAAUAAGAAUAUAAUUUUGCAUGAUUUGACUUUAGUAGCAUAUUUAAAGCAUAAUUUAAAGAUGUCUCAUCUUUUACUCUUUUAGUGCAUAUUUUGAUAUAUUUUUUCGUUCAUGUAUAUUUUUAAAAUUCUUUUUUUAAAACUUUAUUUUUAAAAAUUUAAUUUCUUUAAUAUUUUUUUAAUUCAAGAUUCAUGAAACCAAUGCAUUUCAUGAGAUCAAUACAGUUUUAUUGUUUAACAGGCUAUUAACGAUGUUUAGUGGAUUCUAUGAAAACGCCGAUUAAAAUGACAAUAAGCUAUGAGAGAAAUUUUGAAGGAUGUAUAUUCAUUAUGAAUAUUAUUAUAUUUUUCGUAUUUUUUCGCUUUUUAAUAUAAAACAAAUAUUAACUUUUUUUAAGUUUAUUUUUAAAAUUUGAAGAGCAUAUUUUUGUUACUGCAUAUAUAAGUUUUUUAGCACUUUUUAGAGAGAAUAUUUUUGGCUUCCCAGAUUAUUACAUUUGAAUAACAUUGUUAACUUAAAACCCAUCAAGACGUUUCUCGGCAAGUGAUGGUAGUGUAAGAACGCAUGUCUCCGGAGCUACCCGAAUUUCCGCAUGUCGUACCGUAGUCUACAGUAGUCCACGCCCGUUAAUUGAUCAAAAAUAAAAUGCCAAACCUAAUAUUUAAAUCAUUGUCCACCACUUCUUCGAAUGGUAUCGAUGGCAAUAGCAAUUUCUCAAACAGUUCAAUGCUACGGGAUUUUAUUGAAACUAAUUCGGACUGCAGUGCUAAUAAAUAUUCAAAGCCUAAAACACCGUUGUUCGAUAAGGAUCGUGACUAUAUAGGCUUUGCAACCUUACCUGAACAAGUGCACAGGAAAUCUGUGAAAAGAGGAUUUGAAUUUACUCUUAUGGUGGUGGGCGAAUCCGGUCUAGGAAAAUCAACUUUGGUGAACAGUUUAUUCUUGGGAGAUCUGUAUAAGAAUAGAAUUAUUCCACCAGUAGAAGAAAGAAUUGAAAAAACAACACGAAUCGAAAAGAAAACAAUGGAUAUCGAAGAGAGAGGUGUUCGCUUACGUUUAACUGUUGUAGACACGCCAGGAUUCGGUGAUUCUAUAAAUUGUGAAGACAGUUGGAGAGUGUGCACAGCGUAUAUUGAUGAACAGUUUCGACAAUAUUUUACGGAUGAAAGUGGAUUGAACAGGCGAAAUAUACAAGAUAACAGGGUGCACUGUUGCUUAUAUUUUGUGCCACCUUGGGGACACAGUUUACGUCAAAUGGAUUUGGAUUUAUUAAGACGAUUACAUCGAAAAGUCAAUAUUGUACUAGUAAUUGGGAAAUCAGACUGUUUGACUAAGACCGAAGUUCGAAAUUUAAAGGAACGUAUCUUAAGAGAUUUGGAAGAUAGUCAUAUACAGUUGUACCAAUUUCCCGAGUGUGACUCAGAUGAAGAUGAAGAUUUUAAACAACAGGAUCGCGACCUAAAAGCUUCUAUACCAUUUGCUGUUGUAGGAAGCAAUGCGAUUCUCGAUAUAGCUGGAAAAAAAGUUCGCGGACGACAGUACCCUUGGGGAGUAGUAAAUGUUGAAGAUCCGGAGCACAGUGAUUUUAUUAAAUUAAGGACCUUCUUAAUUUCGACCCACAUGCAAGACCUAAAAGACACUACUCAAGAUGUACAUUAUGAAAAUUUUCGUGCUCAAUGUAUUUCACAAAUUUCGCAACACGCCCUGCGAGAACGUGGCAAAUUGAAGCGUGAUUCAAUUAGUUCUACAAAUGGAUUUGAAGCAGCAAUUUCUGAAACUGAUCGUCUGUUAUUACAGAAAGAUGAGGAAAUUCGACGCAUGCAAGAUAUGCUAACACAGAUGCAGGAAAAACUUAAGCAGACACAUAUUAUGGAGAUGAAGAAGAACGACACUGUCAUUGAUGUUUAGAGUUCAAAACUGCCAAAAAAGAGGGGGGUAUUCCAUUUGACUUCUUUUCUUUGAAACUACAUUCCAAAUAAAAAGUCGUAUGGUAUUGACUUUCAUAACGUAUAAUGUCUCUAAAAAUAUCACUGUGCUACAAAAUAAAAACACAAAUAUAAGGGCAACAAAAUAAAUUAUUAUCGCUGAAAGGCCGAUCCAGUAAUCUCUAAUGUUUUUUUUUUUUAAUUUAAAUCUCAUCACAUUAUUUUUAAUUUUUUAAUAUGAUUGUUUUAAAUAAUAAAUUAAUAAGUAGUUUAUAGAAUAAAUGGUAUUCCUUUUCAAUUAAGAUUUAAAAGUUAUUGUAUAUUUAAAAGAUCCCGUUUGAAACUCAAAUACUGAACCACUAAAGAAUAUAUCAUAAACG